AUCAUUCUCACCGAAGUCUGAAGGAUUUUCUUCUACCCGCACGAACAAGAUCGCUCUGGAAUUCUGUUACGAAGAAAAAUAUUCCCAAGUUUUGCUUCAAUGGCGCAGAUUCCAAAUUUAGACAAUGCUCCACUUAAUCUCACAGCCCUCAGGGAACAAUCACAGAAAGAGCUCGUUAACAUCCUCAAGAAUAUUCGAGGAAAGAAAUGUUUGGUUAUCGAUCAGAAGCUUGGUGGUUCAAUCUCAUUGAUUAUCCAAACUUCACUUCUCAAGGAACAUGGGGUCGAAUUGCGGUAUCUUUCAGCUGAUCCUAUUCAAACUGACUCCACCAAAGUGGUUUACCUUGUUCGAUCACAGCUUAAUUUGAUGAAAUUCAUUAGUUCACAUGUUCAUAAUGACAUAGCUAAAGGUCUUCAGAGGGAAUAUUAUGUGUAUUUUGUCCCUCGUCGUGCAGUUGGGUGUGAGAAGAUCCUUGAGGAGGAGAAAGUUCACCACUUGUUGACUGUAGGAGAGUACCCAUUGUACACACUUCCACUGGAUGAGGAUGUUUUAUCAUUUGAACUGGAUCUUGCUUAUAAAGAAUGCCAAGUUGAUGGCGAUACUAGCUCCCUUUGGCAUAUUGCAAAAGGCAUUCAUAAGCUUGAGUCUUCUUUUGGGGUCAUACCUAAUGUGAGGGCCAAAGGCAAAUCAUCAGUACGUGUUGCUGACAUUCUAAACCGUCUGCAAGAAGAGGAACCCGUUAGUUCACCUGAUAUGGUUGUUCCAGAGAUUAAUACCCUUAUUCUUCUAGAUAGGGAGGUAGACAUGGUAACUCCUAUGUGCUCUCAAUUAACAUAUGAGGGGCUUUUAGAUGAGAUUUUGCAUAUAAAUAAUGGUGCUGUGGAACUUGAAGCAUCUAUCAUGGGUGCCCAACAAGAAGGAAAAAAGAUCAAAGUUCCACUUAAUUCAAGCGACAAGCUCUUUAAGGAGAUACGGGAUCUGAACUUUGAAGUUGUUGUCCAGAUUCUGCGGCAAAAAGCAACAUCCAUGAAGCAGGACUACACGGAUAUGACAACCACUACCCAGACUGUUUCUGAAUUAAAGGACUUUGUCAAAAAACUGAACUCUUUGCCAGAGAUGACUAGGCACAUAAAUCUUGCUCAGCAUCUGUCAACUUUCACGUCAAAGCCAUCAUUCUUGGGGCAACUUGACAUGGAACACACACUUGUUGAAGCUCAGAGUUAUGACAUUUGUCUUGAGUACAUUGAAGAAAUGAUCCAUAAGCAAGAACCGCUGAUAAAUGUCCUCCGUCUACUCAUCUUAUUUUCUAUCACAAAUUCAGGGCUGCCUAAGAAACAUUUUGACUACUUGAGGAGAGAGCUCCUCCACAGUUAUGGAUUUGAGCACAUGGGUACAUUAAAUAACUUGGAAAAAGCUGGAUUGUUGAAAAAGCAGGAGGCCAAAAGCAACUGGCAGACAAUAAAACGUGCUCUGCAACUUGUGGUUGAAGAUACCGACACAGCCAACCCCAAUGAUAUUGCCUACGUAUUUUCUGGGUACGCACCUCUUAGUAUUCGGCUUGUACAACAUGCUGUUCGGUCCGGAUGGCGUCCUAUAGAAGAAAUCUUGAAGCUGUUGCCUGGACCUCAUUCAGACACAAAGAGGGGUAGAUUCUCAGGUACUUCAUCAUUUGACAAUCUGCAGGGUGCUUCAGCCAGUGUGGAUAAAGUGGUUGAUGGAAGACGCUCCCUUGUACUUGUAGUCUUCAUUGGAGGUGUAACAUUUGCAGAGAUCUCCGCUCUUCGAUUUCUCAGUUCUCAGGAAGGGAUGGCAUAUGAUUUGAUUAUCGGUACAACAAAGCUUGUUAGCGGCCACUCCUUGACCGAAGCAUUUGUUGAGAAGUUGGGUUGACUUGUAACAUGUUUUUUGUCAAGAGAAGCUGAACACAGGCCACUGUGGAAGGACUAAAAGUUUCUGUAAGGUUAAGGCCGAUUGGGUAGUGCGUGAAUAUUUUCUCGUAGUUGAGGAACAAUCUCAGCCAUUGAGCGAAUCCCAUGGUUGGAGUGGAAGAAUGGUUUGGGGUCAAUUUUUUGAAUUGGAAUUUUUGGCAAAAGAAGUCAAGAAUCAAGAUAAGGACUAGAGCUUGUGGGAGUAGCUUCAGUUAGUUUUACUUGGAAAAGAAAAUGUUAGUGUCUUAUUUAUUAUAUCGGGGGUGGGGUUUGUGUGUGGUCCUUGGGUUUAUUGUUGACAUAAAUUGGAGACUAUUUAUGGUGUGGCAAUGCUAAGAUAAGUUAUUAAGAUUGAUUACGCACCUGAACUCGUGUACCUGUUUGAACUCUUUCUUUUUGGAAAAGUGCAAAAAAAAUAGUAAUGAUAUGUGAAGUUGUUACAGUUUA